GGAAUGUGCGGCGCACAUUGUGCAGCCCCGGAUCUGAGGAGGGAGCUGGCCGCAGUCACAGCACUGACUCUAGUCUCUCUCUGUCCGAAGCUUGUCCUUCAGUGUCUUUAACCUCUGCGGUGCACACCCGCAUUUCACCCGCUUUUCACUGCGAACAGCAACAACAGCAGCAGCAGCAGCAGCUGGACAGGCGGUGAGUUGCUGUGAGCUCAAGACAAACCAAGCUCUGUUCUCCAAGGUGACCUGAAGAAAUCUGAAGGAUGUCCACUCCCUCGGAGCAACCCUUCCUCCUCCUCACCACCCUGCCCUCCUUCACUCCAUCCACACCGGGAUUUGAGGAUGUGUCCAAUGGCACCACGUGUCAGGAGUGGGAGCAGACCCACCACGUCCUCUUCCAUCUGGGGAACCUGUCCCUGCUGCUGGGCCUGGUCAUCCCGACCACUGUGGGUCUGCACAUGAUCCUGCUGCGCCUGAUGCUGAUGACAGGUUGCGGUCUCUUCAUUUUAUGGGCGACUCUGUACCGGUGCAACAUGGACGUGAUGGUUUGGAAUGUGGUGUUUCUGGUGAUCAACUUCAUGCACCUCUUCUAUCUCCUGUACAAGCGAAGACCUAUUAAGAUCGACAGGGAGCUGCGCUCUGUCUACAAGCGGAUGUUUGAGCCCUUGCACGUGAAGGAGUCUCUAUUUCAGAGGCUCACCGGUCAGUUCUGCACCAUUCAGACUCUGAAGAAAGGUCAGGCCUACGCUGCCGAGGACAAGACGUCCGUGGACGAACGCCUUAGCAUUCUGCUCAAAGGAAGGAUGAAGGUGUCGUACAGAAGCCAUUUCCUACACAACAUCUACACCAGCUCCUUCAUUGACUCUCCAGAGUUCAGGGCCACAGAGAUGCACAGAGGAGAGAAGUUCCAGGUGACAAUUGUUGCAGAGGAGAACUGCAAGUUCUUGUGCUGGUCUCGGGAGAGGCUCACCUACUUCCUGGAGUCAGACACUUUCCUCAAUGAAGUGUUCCGCUACCUUAUCGGCAAAGAUAUCACCAAUAAACUGUACUCUCUGAACGACCCCACACUCAGUGACAAGGCAGUGAAGAAGAUGGAGCGUCAGCCCACCCUCUGCUCUCAGCUGUCUAUGAUGCAGAUGAGGAACAGCAUGGGGAGCACCAACGACACCGAUGAUGUGCUCAACCAGAUCCUACGAGGAGGAUCUACUGGUUCAUCCCUCCAAAAAUCACCUACCACCAAGGCAUCCAAGAUGAACCCAAUAGAAGAAAGUAUGGAAGAUGAUGUUUUCAAAGAAUCUGCUCCUUCUAAGUCCGCCCGUAUGCCCAGCACUUCCACUGAGGAAGUGUAACCUGCAGGUGACAAAUGUAUAUCAUCGAAUGUAUACAUGUUUAUUUUUUUUAAAGAUUGCAUUUAUGUGGGUUUAUUAUUAGAAGAUUUGUUUAAGUUGCAUUGGUUUGUUUAUUUGACCCAAUGACUUGAGAAUAGCUGAAACAUCAGGAUCACCCUCUGGUGGCUGGUAGAAGUACAGGUCAUAAACCCAGCCACUUCAUAAAUUGGUGGAAAAUAAAACAUUAGAAUACAAGAGAAUUAUAACACAUUUCUAGUAAACAUUGCCUUUGACAUUUCUUCCACAUUAUAUGAUAAUAGGAUCAUUUGUGGGUUAAUCAUAAAUAGUGAAACCUUUCACGUCACAUAUACAAGUUCAUUUUGUUUAUAUCAAUUUUUUGUUCUUCAAAUGGUCACAAUAUGUGUAAAUUACAAUUAUUCUCCAUUAGUCAUUAUUAUCAGGGUUCCCACAACUAAUUAAUAGUUAUAAGGUCCUAUUACUUCAGAUCACAAUGAGAUUUAUUUCUGGAGAAUAUAACUAGUGAGUCUUUUGUCUGCACUGAUGCGUCACUUGUUUUGUGUUUUUUGAUUUACAUAACAGACGUUUUGUUACCGAGGAUUUUCCUGAGAAGUUAUUUUAUUUACAGUAUGUGUGUUUAUGCAUUCUUCAUAAAUGUCUGAACCACAAGCCAUUGUACUCUGUGUGUUCAAUAAACAUUUGGUGUGUGUA